AUGGGUGCGAAAGACUCGAAACCAUCUUUUAUAUCAUAUGAGGAUGCAGUGAAACGAGUGUCUGAUAGUGAAUUGAGACGUAUACGGGAAGCAUUCAAGAGAUGUGCCGGUGCAAACGGUACAGCCUUGAGUUUGGAGGCGUUUGUCCACGAAGUGCUGUGCGAUGGAGUUCCGUACGAGGUAGCGGAGUGGCUGUACCAGGCUUGCGGUGGGACGAAGAGAGGCAUAGCCUUCCGGGAGCUGUUGUGUGGCAUCGUAGUGCUCACGAAGGGUAACAUCGAAGAAAAAAUAAAGUUCCUCUGGACUCUCUACGUGAACAACCAAGGUGAUAAUGGCACGUUUAUUUACAAACGUGAUUUUGCACGAACUCUUCACCUGGAACACACGUCUUUACCGGCGACAGCCAGCAACAGAGCGAAUGAGGUCCUCCUCAGCCUCUUCGGAGCUGGCGAGAAGGUCACUUUCGACCAGUUCAGGUCAUGGCUCCUGAUUCACAAAGAUGCUACGGUGCUGUCCAAAUGGCUGCUCUCCGAAGUGAAUAUUGCUCAAGACUUGGAGACACCCACGUUUUACCAGAGUUUGGCUGGCGUCACACAUUUAGAGGAGAGGGACAUAAUCGAACUAGAGAAGUGUUUCUGGAGUCUUCGAAAUGCAGCUCCAACGGGACAGUUGGACGCCGAGAGUCUGUCUCCGCUGCUGUCGCCUCCACUACCGGCAGCUGCCAUCGCGGGUGCGUUUCUUGCCUUCGAUGAGAACAGAGACGGACAUGUGGAUUUCAAGGAGCUGUGUUGCGGGCUCAGCGCCGCUUGUAGGGGACCCAGGACUGAACGUUUAAAAUUUUGCUUCAAAAUAUUCGACCUGGACAGUGACGGAGUUCUCAACAAGAAGGAGCUGAUCGACAUGGUAGGGAUCCUCUGCACCGUCGCCAAUGAAAACUUGAAGAAUCAAAACUCUAGGGCGUCCACGCCUUCUGAUGGUAAUGACUCCGAGAGUACAGACAAGGGUUUCGAUCCUGAAGUGAUUUUAAUGAAUAUCAGGGAGAAGUUGGUGACCGUACCAAGAAACGGUAGAAAACCAAUAUUUCAUCUCGGGCCUAACGGAGACAGCAAUGACAAAGAUAAGGAGGUUGCUGUCACGAAGGAACCGGAUGCAGAUUCCGAGGCAAUAAUAGCCAACGACAUGGCACUCACAUUGGAAGACUUUCUGAUCUGGAGCGUGGAGACCGCGGAGAAACUGGUGACCCCGUUCUUGGAUCUGGUGUUCGAGGUGUGCCACAUUGUGUUGGGACUGAGGCCUCAGUGCAAACAUCAAGAAAGAGAUAUAGUUCUCGGAUGGUUACGACGCGAAGUUCAACGUGGUUACUCUGUUGGACAGUUUUGGUACCUUAUAGCCUCGGAGUGGUGGAGCAGUUGGCUCGGCUACACGGCCGGGGGAAGCACCGACUCAUGUUGUCGAGCGCCUCAACGAAACAUCGACGAAGCUAUCGUCUGCGAUGAAAGUUUUACUACUAAUUCAACAGAGUCGAUGGGGUCCCUGCUGUGGCGCGCAGACAGCGCGUCCCUGGGCAGCGCGGGCAGCAGCAGCGGCGUCAGCUCCGCGCCCGCGCCCCGCCCCGCCCGCGCGCCCCGCGCCCCCGGGCCCAUCGACAACAGGCGCCUGCUCGCGCCUGACCAUCUCAAGGUGCGGACGUUGACCGGCGAGGGCGGUCACCUGCGGCGUGACGUGACCCUGGCGCAGCACCGCGACUUCGAGCUCGUGCCGGACGCGCUGUGGCGAGCGCUCGCCGUCUGGUACGGGGCGCCUGCACCGCUCCCCAGACAGGUGAUACGGCCCCCAAAUUCGGAUGUAGAGUUAGAAUUGUAUCCGCUGCAGUUAAAGAUAUUGCGGCAUGUCCCGAGUACACAAAGAGCGGCGUCCCUGGGCGGCGUGUUGGGCAGCGUGCCGCUGGCGCCGGCCCCGCCCGAGCGGCAGCUGGCCUACAGCGCGGCCUUCUCGCGCCUCGCCACGGUGAAGCAGGUGUGCGAGUUCCUGUGCGGCGCGCUGGGGCUGGCGCGCGAGGACGUGCGCCUGUGGGCCGUGGCCAGCGCGGCCGUGCUGCUGGACGACGAGCGGCCCACGCUCUACGAGCUGCGCCUGGACGAGCGGCCGCGCCUGCUGCUGGAGCUGCGCAACCCCGACCUCACCUGGCCCGAGGAGAUCGGCGCGCUCGGUAUAUGUAGCGGUAGUCGCGCGACAGAACGUCGGGAGACGCUGAUCGCGCCCAACCUGCCCGGCGCCACCGGACUGCACAACCUCGGGAACACGUGUUUCAUGAACGCCGCCCUACAGUCUGUGUGGAAUACGGGUCCUUUGACGCGGUAUUUCAAUUCGGGUAUGCAUAUGUACGAAGUGAACACAACCAAUCCACUCGGUACUAAAGGUGUACUAGCGUUAAGAUAUGGAGAACUUUGUAAAGAGGUGUGGUCGUGCAGCGCGCGCUCGGUGGCGCCGCUGCGCGUGCGCUGGUGCGUGUCGCGCUGGGCGCGCGCGCUGGCGGGCGGCGGGCAGCACGACGCGCAGGAGCUGCUCGCCUGGCUGCUGGACGCGCUGCACGAGGACCUCAACCGCGUGCGCCAGGCGCCCAAAGCGCCCAUCCACCACCACGACUCCGACGGCCGCCCCGACCAGGUGGUCGCAGCGGAGGCUUGGGAGCAGCACACGGCCCGCAACAGCUCCAUAAUGACGGACCUGUUCUACGGCCAGCUGAAGUCCAAGGUGCAGUGCGACACGUGCGCGCGGGAGUCCGUGCGGUUCGACGCCUUCAACAUGCUCAGUCUGCCGCUGCCCAUGGAGUCUUACGUUAGCUUUGAAAUCAGAGUGAUGUUGCUCGACGGAUCUGUGCCCAUCAAGUACGGUGUGAGAGUCAACUCUGAAGGCACGUACCUGGAUCUCAAGAAGAAACUGUCAGAGCUGUGUGGUCUGCCGCCAGAGGCGUUGCUGAUAGUGGAGCUGUCGGGGGCGAGCAUAGGGCGGGUGUUCGAGGACGGCGCGAAGAUCUCGGGCGUGUCGGCGCUGGAGCUGUUCGCGUACGAGCUGCCGCACUCCGACUGCGAGUCGGACGACAGCGACUGCGACGACACCGCCGCCGACACCAACGGCUGGUGCUCGGAGGCGGUGCAGUGGGCGGAGGUGAGUGUGGGGCGCGGCGCCAAUACUUCCUCACUCUGCAUGCCAGCACUCUUCUGCUUCAAGCGGUCGAGAUCGGAAAUUCUUAUGUCCCAGAGUCCACCGAACACAUUCUACAACCAGGCGAAGUAUACCGACCACAGCUAUCGGAGCAGCACUCUGCCCAAAGACUUGAAGAAAGAAGUGAACGGGAACAGCUCCCCGACUUUAAGCGUUAAGUCGUUGAACAUGAAGCCGUCGAGCCCGCGUUUGCCUAAGGUCAAGUUCGGCUCGUCGCCCUCCAACAUGUGCAAGAUGGAUUCCCCUCCCACUGUCGUGCCGGCUACUGGCAAAUUGCAGUAUUUGGUCGCGGUUCACAGGAAGCAGUGCCGGUCGGACGCGUACUUCCUGCCGUGGCAGCGCAGCCGCUCGUCGCUGUUCGGCGUGCCGCUGCUGGUGGGCGUGCGUGGCGGGCGGGGGGCGGGGGGCGCGGCGCUGUCGGGGCGCGAGCUGUACGCGCGCGUGUGGGCGCAGGUGGCGCGCCUGCUCAGCGCGCGACCCAAGCACCACGACCAGCACAACCACGCCACCGAUUGCGACGACAGUCUGGGCUACGAGUUCCCGUUCCGCGUGCGCGUGGUGCGCGCGGGCGGCGCGUGGUGCGCGCGCUGCGCCUGGCCCCGCCUGUGCCGCGGCUGCACGCUGCCCUCCGACGACACGCCCGUCUGCUUCGACCCGCCCGGCAAACGGCGACGCGCCCGCAAGCGCUCGAGCGUGGCGCCCGCCGCGCUGGAGAGCGACGUGCCCGACUCCAGCUCGCCCAUAGCUAAGGCCAAGCUCAACAGGCUGGCUGCCGCCAGACUCUCCACCGAUUUCGUAGAAAGCGAAAGCGAGUGUUGUACCGUGGACGGCAUGGAGCUGGGCGCCCUGCUGUCUGCCGCGCGACGCGGCUCCGUGGUGCUGGCCAUUGACUGGGACCCCACUGCUCUGCAUUUAAGAUACCAGUCAACGAGAGAAAAGGAGCUGGUAGAGCACUGGUCGGUCCGCGCGUCUCGCGCAGAGGCGGCCCGCGCCGUGGACCUGGCGUCGUGCCUGCGCGCCUUCACGUCGAGCGAGCGGCUGGAGCAGCCCUACCACUGCGACGGGUGCCGCUCCGCGCAGCCCGCCACCAAGAAGCUGCAGAUAUGGAGGCUACCGCCCAUCAUGAUAGUUCACCUAAAACGCUUCCAGUACGUAAACAACAAAUGGAUAAAAUCCCAAAAGGUGGUGAACUUUCCGUUCCAAGACUUCGACCCGACGGAGUACCUGGCGUCCGUGCCGCAGGAGACCAUCCUCCGGCACAUGGACAUCAGCAGCUUCAAGCCUCGCUCCUCGGUGUUCGUCGACGACACCAUUUCCGAAUCGGACACGGACAAUGACGACGAUGACGUGCAUUUCAGUUCCGCGCCUAAAGAAAAGGUCAUACCUAAAGAGAAAGUAGGGAGUAAACGCAAGAGCUCAGGGGAAGUGCGGGGGAGACAGCGGCUGGAGUCCACCAGCCUUGUGACGACUCCAGUGACGGACGACAACCUGAUUGACUACCAUCAGCAUCACUUGCUCAACGACCAGGACCCCUUCCAACUCAAAUACAGAUUGUAUGCUGUUGUUUCGCACUCGGGGCAGCUGAGCGGCGGGCACUACGUGGCGUACUGCCGCAACCCGUCGGGCGCGUGGCUGUGCUACAACGACAGCUCGUGCCGGGAGCUCGCGCCCGCGCCCGCGCCGCCCAUCGACCCCGCCGCCGCCUACCUGCUCUUCUACGAGCGCCAGGGGCUCAGGUACACUCACUCCCGCUCACUCACUCUCCCGACUACACUCUACAACGACAGCUCGUGCCGGGAGCUCGCGCCCGCGCCCGCGCCGCCCAUCGACCCCGCCGCCGCCUACCUGCUCUUCUACGAGCGCCAGGGGCUCAGGUACACUCACUCCCGCUCACUCACUCUCCCGACUACACUCUACAACGACAGCUCGUGCCGGGAGCUCGCGCCCGCGCCCGCGCCGCCCAUCGACCCCGCCGCCGCCUACCUGCUCUUCUACGAGCGCCAGGGGCUCAGGUACACUCACUCCCGCUCACUCACUCUCCCGACUACACUCUACAACGACAGCUCGUGCCGGGAGCUCGCGCCCGCGCCCGCGCCGCCCAUCGACCCCGCCGCCGCCUACCUGCUCUUCUACGAGCGCCAGGGGCUCAGGUACACUCACUCCCGCUCACUCACUCUCCCGACUACACUCUACAACGACAGCUCGUGCCGGGAGCUCGCGCCCGCGCCCGCGCCGCCCAUCGACCCCGCCGCCGCCUACCUGCUCUUCUACGAGCGCCAGGGGCUCAGGUACACUCACUCCCGCUCACUCACUCUCCCGACUACACUCUACAACGACAGCUCGUGCCGGGAGCUCGCGCCCGCGCCCGCGCCGCCCAUCGACCCCGCCGCCGCCUACCUGCUCUUCUACGAGCGCCAGGGGCUCAGGUACACUCACUCCCGCUCACUCACUCUCCCGACUACACUCUACAACGACAGCUCGUGCCGGGAGCUCGCGCCCGCGCCCGCGCCGCCCAUCGACCCCGCCGCCGCCUACCUGCUCUUCUACGAGCGCCAGGGGCUCAGGUACACUCACUCCCGCUCACUCACUCUCCCGACUACACUCUACAACGACAGCUCGUGCCGGGAGCUCGCGCCCGCGCCCGCGCCGCCCAUCGACCCCGCCGCCGCCUACCUGCUCUUCUACGAGCGCCAGGGGCUCAGGUACACUCACUCCCGCUCACUCACUCUCCCGACUACACUCUACAACGACAGCUCGUGCCGGGAGCUCGCGCCCGCGCCCGCGCCGCCCAUCGACCCCGCCGCCGCCUACCUGCUCUUCUACGAGCGCCAGGGGCUCAGGUACACUCACUCCCGCUCACUCACUCUCCCGACUACACUCUACAACGACAGCUCGUGCCGGGAGCUCGCGCCCGCGCCCGCGCCGCCCAUCGACCCCGCCGCCGCCUACCUGCUCUUCUACGAGCGCCAGGGGCUCAGGUACACUCACUCCCGCUCACUCACUCUCCCGACUACACUCUACAACGACAGCUCGUGCCGGGAGCUCGCGCCCGCGCCCGCGCCGCCCAUCGACCCCGCCGCCGCCUACCUGCUCUUCUACGAGCGCCAGGGGCUCAGGUACACUCACUCCCGCUCACUCACUCUCCCGACUACACUCUACAACGACAGCUCGUGCCGGGAGCUCGCGCCCGCGCCCGCGCCGCCCAUCGACCCCGCCGCCGCCUACCUGCUCUUCUACGAGCGCCAGGGGCUCAGGUACACUCACUCCCGCUCACUCACUCUCCCGACUACACUCUACAACGACAGCUCGUGCCGGGAGCUCGCGCCCGCGCCCGCGCCGCCCAUCGACCCCGCCGCCGCCUACCUGCUCUUCUACGAGCGCCAGGGGCUCAGGUACACUCACUCCCGCUCACUCACUCUCCCCGACUACACUCUACAACGACAGCUCGUGCCGGGAGCUCGCGCCCGCGCCCGCGCCGCCCAUCGACCCCGCCGCCGCCUACCUGCUCUUCUACGAGCGCCAGGGGCUCAGGGGCUCAGGUACCCUCACUCCCGCUCACUCACUCUCCCGACUACACUCUACAACGACCGCUCGUGCCGGGAGCUCGCGCCCGCGCCCGCGCCGCCCAUCGACCCCGCCGCCGCCUACCUGCUCUUCUACGAGCGCCAGGGGCUCAGGUACACUCACUCCCGCUCACUCACUCUCCCGACUACACUCUACAACGACAGCUCGUGCCGGGAGCUCGCGCCCGCGCCCGCGCCGCCCAUCGACCCCGCCGCCGCCUACCUGCUCUUCUACGAGCGCCAGGGGCUCAGGUAUGAUGCAUACCUACCCGACAUAGAGGGAAAAGAGCCCACAGUCAAAGAUCCGGACAUCCUCGAUCCAGACGACACAGACUUGAAGAAAAUGUGCUCGAUUAUUUAG